AUGGGAAAUCCGGGGCUCCGGACCUGGACGUGCAUGAGCGUAACGCUGAGCGAGAGGCCGAGGUGGGCGGGUCUGCUGUGGGAAAAGGGGCAGGGGUUGCGGGAGUGGCGGCAAGGGAUGCCGUGGGGGAAGCAAGGGACCGCAGCAUGUGAGGCUGCAUGCACCACAGCAGGAAAGGCAGGGGCCACAGCUGGGGCUGGUAUAGGGGGGAGGGCAAUGGGGGCUGCAGCGGGGGAGAGUGUAGCGGGGUCUGGGGCAAGGGAGAGUACAGCCCCGGCUGUAGCAGGGAAGGGCGCAGCAGGUGCUGCUGUGAGGGAGGAGACAGCAGAGGCUACAAAGACAGAAGGUGGGGCUGCAGCUGAAGCAACAGUGGCCAUAGCACGCCCACUCGGGGCGGCAGGGGCCGCAGCACGCGUGGUAGAGGCCACAGCAGGGCUGAUCAUCACAUCCACGUCCCCACCGUCAGGGGCUCCCUCUAGCUUCGAGGGGGGUAGCCAGGGCCUUGACCUUCUUUGCAGAGCCGUGCACCCCGAGGCUGCACACUCCUGCCCCCACCCUCAGGGGUCCCCCCGAGCACCACGUGGAGCAGCCAGGGCCCUGGCCUUCCUGGCGGAGCCAUGCUCCCCGACCCCUAAGUCCACCCAAUCAUCCCCUGUCAACCUCCUACCUCCUCCCCCACCAAGUCCUCCCCCACCCGGAGCUACACACAUCUCGAAGGUUGAAGCCUCCCUCUGGCCACAUCUCUCUCCCACAUGCUACAAAGACCCAAACCACCCAAGUCGCCACACAUCCCCAACACUUUCACCCAACGGGCUGCCCUCCUCACACCACACCCCCCAGGCAGCCAAGUCCCACCCGCAAGGGCCUGUGGAGCCUCAUGGAAGCGACGACACCCUGGAGGGGCCCACAGGAGGGGCCACUAGUGGGAGGGGCGCAGGCCCCAACUUUCAGCACGGGGGAGCAACCUCAAAUACUCCUCUCCCACUCAUUCCCCCACCCACAGCCACCUCGGAGCCACCACAAACCUCACUAGGGGGGGCGGGCUCAGGGGACAUAGGGGCAGGUGGGGUGGGUGGGGUUCCAAUAAGGGGGGUUUUGGGAGGAGGGGAAGUGAUAGUGAGGGACGAGGAUGCGGUAGAGGACGGGAUGCACAUCGACGGGCCACUGGCCCAAUACCUCACACCUGACGGUGAGGCCGACCCCAUGCCUCAUGACGAGGUUCCCCCUUUCCCCCCCAUGCCCGACCCCAUGCUGGCAGAUGGACCGAUGGAGGGGCUGGAGGAGAAUUUGAGGACAGAGCCUCUCCGGGGCGCUCCCAUCCUUACCCCUCAUCCUCCAGCCCACUCCCCCCCAAGAGCACCACAUCCCCGCCCCCACCCUCAGGGGCUUCCUGUAGCGUCCAGGGGGGCAGCCAAGGCCCUGGCCUUCUUGGCAGAGCCACGGCCCGCCAGGAGAGCACGCGGGCACAGCGAGGGCAGAGCCUCCCACACCCAGCCCCAUCCUUGCCUCUCACCCCUCCUCGCCCCUUUCCUCUCCCCUAAGAGCAGCACACUCCCUCCCCCACCCUCAGGGGCUCCCUCCAGCAUCACGGGGAGCAGCCAGGGCCCUGGCCUUCUUCGCGGAGCCGGAGGCGACGACACCAUGGGCGCGGGGCCAACAGGAGGGGCCGCUACCCUUCGCCCCCCACCCACACCCCCCGCCUACAGCCUGCCUCACCACGAGUGGCCCCGUUGGGCAGACAUCGCCCCCCAAAUACAGCCCACCACGGAGGGUGAUGUCAUGGGGAGGGGGGGGAUGCACACUGAGCUUCCUCUAUCUAGCCAACCACCCAUCCUCCCCUCACCCAUCCCCUUAGCCUCUCAGCCCGCCCUUCCCUCACAACCAGACAGGGACAACCAAAAUCAGGUUGGCCGUCGACGGAAGAAGAAAGGCAAAGGCGGCAAGGGGCCAGCUCACCUACUCCCCCCUCCCUCCCUUCCCCUCCAGCCGCCCCUCCUCACUUCACAUCCCACUGAACCUGCACCAGGCCCUACCCCUAUAUGCCAACCACCAAACUCACACCCCCCUCCCGUACCCGCCCCUCCACAAGGCCAUGGGAGCGAUCCAACCUACUCACCCCCGGGCCGCCUCUCCCUUCCUCUAAACCCCCCCCAGGUGGCGGCAGCCGCGUGCGCUGCAGGGAUGGAGGCCGACGGGAUGAGGGAUGCACCCAUGGCAGACGCCACCGACUCCUCUUCCCAUACCUCCCACCCCAUCCAGGUCGACGCCCCCCUACCGCAACCCAUGGUCAUUGGGGAGGGCCAAGGGGGCUUUAUAGAGCAGGAACCACAUGUGAGCACCGCUCAGCCAGCACGCCCCGCCCCACCCACUACCCGGCCAGCCCUCCUCCCCUCACCAGCUCUCCGGCUGCCCCCACCCUACCAGUCCCACAGGCGCGUCACGCCCGUCCCCGAUGGAGACCGACCUGGUUCUGAGGCCGUGUCACUCGCAGGCGACCCCGCCAGACCGCUCGCACACGACUGCCAUCGCAGCACGGGUCUCCCGCUUUAUGCGAGGUUGCGCCAGCCCCAGACAGCUGCUCGCCUUCUUUCGGCAUGUGUCAGCACUCGCCCGCAGUACCUGUCGAGGACUGUCCCUCCCUCGCCCGCAGUGCUCUGCAGCUUCGCACGCUGGGACGCACGCCUUGGAGAGACUUUUCAGCAGCUUUUAGCGUCAGGGACCUGGGCAUGCCGCGAGGACGUCAAAGAUGCCGCCAGCGACCAGAUCUUCCUCCCCAUCCGCCUUGGGGGUUUCGGCAUUCGUCGCAUGGAGCGCAUUGCCCCGAGCUUUGCUUCCGGUGAGACGGAGCAGAUCGACCCUUCCCUACGGACGACGCUGGAGGGCCUUCCACCUGACAUCCUCUCUCUCCUCCCACCCUGGCCCUCUUGUGCCUCUGCCUCCCCCGAUUCCCUUUUUGCAGGAGCGAGCCGCCUUCUGGAGGCGCAUGCCUUGGAGGCCAGGGCUGAAGCGGGACAGCCGGGCGGCGGGGCACAGUGGGGACAGCAUCAGCUGCGGGGUCAGGUGGCGCGAGGGGCAGGUGGGCAGAGGGGACGGCAGGGGGUGCAGACCAGCCAGGGCGGAGAGGGGGGACAGCAGAGGCGGCAGCAGGAGAGCCAGCACAGGUCGCGGGCUCAGGGCGCCGCGCCUCAGGGUGUCGGCUCGGGGGUGGGGCAGGGGCGAGAGCAGCAGAGAGCGGACGGGGGUACAGGGGGGGCGGGGAGUUUGGGAGGUGAGGUUCUGGGAGUGAGAGAGGCAGCAGGGGAUCGAGCAGGGGGGUUGGGAGGGUUGGGGGAGGGUAGAGAGGGGGAGGGGAGAGGACAGGUGGGUGGAGGAGAGGAUAGGGGGAGAGAGACGACUGGAGAGGAGGCACCGAGGGACCAGACAGGGCAGCAGCCAGCGCAGCAGCAGGGACCAGCCGGACGCACAGGCCGUGCAGGCACCUCCUCCCGCAUCACAGACCUCACCUGCCGCGACGUUGGGCAGAGUAUGAUGAUGGUUCUUGUGGAUGUCUCCAUAGCGGAUCCACAGCGGGAGGGGAACGUGCAGCUGAGACGGGCGACCCCCACACAGAUUGGGGUGGCAGCAGCUAGGCGGGUGCAGGAGAAGCUGCGUCACUGGGGGCCGCACCUAGAGGGGUUGCAGCCGGCACCACAGUUCUACGCGUGCGUGGCUGAGACCUUUGGCCUACCGAGCGAGCCGUUGUGUCAGUUCCUGGGGCUCUGCGCGAAGAGGAUAGCACAGCGGAGUAGGGAUUGGGGAGGGGGGGAUGACAGAUCGGCACGGAUAUUUGAGACAGGACUCACUACACGUCUCUCCGUGGCACUGCAGCGCGCGCAGGCUCAAUGCAUCUUACAGCAUGCGUCACACCCCCUGCCCCCUCAUGCCAUCCGCUCCCCCCGCCCCUACCCUCCGCGUGCCUGCUCCCUCGCCGCCUCUUUUGACCCUCCCUGCCCCCCUCGCCGUUACCCACCGCUCGCCAUUCGCUCCUCCCCGCCCGUGCCCUCCCCUCGUUUACCUUCGCCUCCCCCCUCCCCUCCUCUGCUGCACGCCUCUUCCUUCCGCUCGCUAACCCACUCCACUCCCUGCCCCUCCUCAAUCCGCACCCUGCCCCUCGUUUCUCGCCCCCCUAUGCUUGGUUUCUCCCCUCCCUGCCCCUCGCCGCCUUUCUCCGCUCCCCACCUCCCCCCUCUCCCUGCCCCCCCACUCUCCUCCACUUGCCCUUGGCUUCCCACCUCCCUGCCCCACCUUUCCCCCUUCCCUGCCUCUCCCUCCUCCCCGCCCUGCCCCUCAUUUUCUGCCCCCCCACGCCCGGUUUCUCCCCUCCCUGCACCUCCCUUUCUUUCUCCAUGCCUCUCCUUUGCUCCCUCCCUGCCCCCGCCUGCCCAUGCCCCUGUCUUUGGUUUCUCCCCUCCCUGCCCCACGUUUCUUCCCUCCCUGAGAUCACCUUGUACCCCCUCUGCCCCUCCCUUGUUUUCCCCGCACCCAUUGCUUCUCCCCUCCCUGCCCUUGAUUUCCCGCAUCCCUGCCCUUGUUUCCUACCAUCCAUGCCCCUCGUUUCCCCUCGUUUUCUUUGUACGUUCACCCUCUUCCCUCCCUGCCCCUCCCUUCCUCCCCCCCUGCCCUUUGCUUUCCCCUCAUUACGCUCCUUUCUCCCCAUCCCUGCUGCCCUCUUACCACCAUCAGCCCCCCCCCUCUUCAGGAUGCGUCAACAGUGCAGCCCAGCAGGAUGCGGAGCCGCUUUCCACCGCACCCACCCGCACCCAUACCCGAAAGACCAAGUCACAUAAAAAAACACAAGUACCGGACCCAAACCUGGGGAACACAGCAGACCCCACCCCCACUGGGAAAGCGGGUGGGACAGCAAAAGCUGUGGGUGGGGCAGCAAGGGAUGUGGUGAAGGCAGCAAGGGAUGCGGCAGGGGCAGCUGGGGUUGCGGUGGGGCCAGCAAAGGAUGUGUUGGGGGCGGCAGAGGCUCCUGAGGGAGGCACACCAGGGGGUGUGACUAUGGAUGUGGAAGAGGCAGAUGCAGGUGGGGCUGCAGGAACCACACGUGAGGUGGCACAUGCCACGGCAGAGGCAGCAGAGAACGCCGCAAGGGUGGCAGAGGCUGCGGUUGUUACGGAAAGGACUGCACAGAGGGGUGCUGAGGCGGCAGGAAGGGCAGCAGGAGCCGCCGCUGGGACGGCAGCUCCUGAGUCGGUGGGGACGGCAGCAAUUAGGGCUGCAGAGGCGGCAGAGGAGAGAGCUGCAUACAUGAGCGGCACGGCCGGGACAGCACGGGCAGCAGUGGCGGCACAAGCCACUGAAGGGGCGGCAGAGGCCGCAGCAGGGGGGGGAGAGGCCACAGUGGUGGCGGCAGGAGCCGCAAGCGGGGCGGCGAGUGCUGCAGCGGGGGCUGCAGAUGCACCACAAAGGGCCCUGGGAGCCGCUACAGAGGCGGCAGGCCCUGAAUCGGCCACAGCAGGGGCGGCAGAGACCGCAGUGGACAGAGCUGCAGGCACGGACGGCACGAGCCGGAUAGCGCGGGAAGCUCGGGCAGCAGGAGUGGCACAGGCAACAGCAAGGGCGGCAGAGUACACAGCAGGAGUGGCACAGGCCCCAGCUGGGAUGGCAGGGGCUGCAGACAAGGCAGCAGAGGCUGCUGGAAGGACACUGCGAGCUGUGUCAGGGGGGGCAGGACCUGUGGCAGAGGGGGCAGCUCCUGGUUUGGUGGGUGUAGUUGCGGAAGAGACUGGGAGAGCUGCAGCACAUCAGGCGGCAGGGGAUAAAGCGGCAGCCGCCGCAGUUGUCGGGGCUGCAGAGGCCCCUGCGGUAGCGGGCGGCAGUGCAGCAGACGCUGCAGCAGGGGGGGCAGUAGCAGAGAAGGGUGGUGUGGUGGGGAUAGCUGCAGAGGCUACAGCAGUGGUAAGUGCAGCAGGGGGGAGUGCAGCAGGGGGGCGGACAGCAGGAGCUACAACAGGUGAGAGGGCUGGGGGGGCUGAAUUGGGAGAGAGUGUGGCGGGGGCGGGUGCCCCGGCCGCAGCGGGAGAGGGCGCAGCGGGGGCUGCAGCGGGAGAGGGGACAGCAGAGGCGGCACAGACAGACGAGGGGGCUGCAUCCGCCGCAGCAGCUGGGGCUGCAGCUGGAGCAACAGAGGGGACCAUGGCACGGCCAGCAGGGGCGGCAGAGGCGGCAGCAGGUGCAGUAGAGGCCACAGCGGGGCCGACAGAGGCUGUAUCUGGAGCGGAAGAGGCCGCAGAAAGGGCUGGCAGUAAAGAGCCAGCAGGGGGGGCGGGCUCAGGGGACAUAGGGGCAGGAGGGGUGGGUGGGGUUCCAACUAGGGGGGUUUUGGGAGGAGGGGAUGUGGUAGUGAUGGACGAGGAUGCGGUAGAAGACUUGAUGCACAUCGACGGGCCACUGGCCCAAUACCUCACACCUGACGGUGAGGCCGACCCCAUGCCUCAUGACGAGGUUCCCCCUUUCCCCCCCAUGCCCGACCCCAUGCUGGCAGAUGGACCGUUGGAGGGACUGGAGGAGAAUUUGAGGACAGAGCCUCUCGUGGGCGCUCCCAUCCUUACCCCUCAUCCUCCAGCCCACCCCCCCCCCAAGAGCACCACAUCCCCGCCCCCACCCUCAGGGACUACCUCUCAGGGAGGCGACGACACCAUGGGCGCGGGGCCCACAGGAGGGGCCGCCAGUGGGAGGGGCUCUGGUGCCAACUUACAGCAUGGGGGCACAACCUCUGAACCUCAUUCCCCCCCCAAUCCCCCCCCUUCCACCACGCAGCCACCACAGACCUCACUCCCUCCAUCACAAGCACCACGCCCUAACCGCUACAUUGCUCCAGCCCUUCGCCCCCCACCCACAACCCCCGCCUACAGCCUGCCUCACCACGAGUGGCCCCGUUGGGCAGACAUCGCCCCCCACAUACAGCCCAGCACGGAGGGUGAUGUCAUGGGGAGGGGGGGGAUGCACACUGAGCUUCCUCUAUCUAGCCAACCACCCAUCCUCCCCUCACCUAUCCCCUUGGCCUCUCAGCCCGCCCUUCCCUCACAACCAGACAGGGACAACCAAAACCAGGUUGGCCGUCGACGGAAGAAGAAAGGCAAAGGCGGCAAGGGGCCAGCUCACCUACUCCCCCCUCCCUCCCUUCCCCUCCAGCCGCCCCUCCUCACCCCACAUCCCACAGAGAGUGUACCAGGCCCUACCCCUACAGGCCAACCACCAAACUCACACCCCCCUCUUGUACCUGCCCCUCCACAGGGCCAUGGGAGCGAUCCAGCCCACCCACCCCUGGGCCGCCUCUCCCUUCCAAUAAACCCCCCCCAGGUGGCGGCAGCCGGGAUGGAGGCCGACAGGAUGAGGGAUGCGCCCAUGGCAGAUGCCACCGACUCCCCCUCCCAUGCCUCCCACCCCAUCCAUGUCGACGCCCCCCUACCGCAACCCAUGGUGUUUGGGGAGGGCAAAGGGGGCUUUCUAGGGCAGGGUCCACACCCGAGCUCUGCUCAGCCAACACGCCCCACCCCACCCUCUACCUUGCCAGCCCUCCUACCCUCACCAGCAGGCAGGCAGGUCACCGGGACCCCACAGGAGGUGAGGGGUGCCAUCUCAGAUUUGCUGGCGAUACGGAGCCCGAGCAGCUCCCCGGCUGCCCCCACCCUAUCAAUCCCACAGGUCCGGACCCGGACGUAUGCGGAGGUCACCCGUUCUGUCCCUUCUUUUAUCCCCCCCACUACUCAUCCAGGCGCGUCACUCCCGUCCCCGAUGGAGACAGACCUGGUUCCGAGGCCGUGUCGCUCGCACCUAGACGUGGUGGCGCCUCCCCCCGUUCAGCCUGUUGCCGAGACACAACCCGUGGCGCAGGAGGGCACCGGCAUUAGGGAUGAGGCAUCUGCCCCUGCCCAGACCCCCCCGCCUGGGGCCACCCAUGGGGCCCCCUCUACAGCCAGUUCCGACGCCACGGCCCCGAUCGACCCCACCGACACAGCGACAUCACCCGACCAGGUCGUGAGAUGCCCCACCUGCAGGAGCUCUCUCGCGAACCGACGUGCCCUUCAGCACCACACGCCCUUCUGCCAUCCUGCGGACGCGGCUCGUAGGGCACAGGCCCUCCACGACACCUCAUCUGUCCUCCCAUCCCUCUCGGAGCCACAAGGGACGAGGACGCAUUUCACAGAUGCACAGUGGCAGACGUUGGAAUCCUUCGAUUGGACGGAGUAUUUCUCGCCAGAGCGCACCCACGCCCGCCCUCUUCGACGCAUUCCUGCUAGGGUCCGCGGAGGAUAUCUUGACGUCCUCUGCACGAUCUUGGCCCGUGUAUCCCAGGAUCCCGAGGCUCCGGGCCCGACCUUCCUCCUCGCCGCUGCACCCACACUUCUCCUCACGCAGGCGACCCCGCCAGACCGCUCGCACACGACUGCCAUCGCAGCACGGGUCUCCCGCUUCAUGCGAGGUGAGUGGACAGAGCUACUCUCUGAGGCCCUGAUCCGUCGCACCCCCCUUCCUCGACGCACAUCCCGGCGCGCACGUGCCGUCGCCACCCACUCCACCGCAGAUGAGCGUCGCAUUGCUCGUUGCCUCCGUCUGGCAGCUUGCAAUGAGACCUCACGGGCCUGCGCGGCUCUCGAGUCCGCGGAGGCCGCCCCAGAUACACAGGGGACGACACAGCGCCUGAAGUCGAAGCACCCCAACGCGGAGAGGCCGACCCCAGCUUGGCUGUCGGACUACCAGGGGACUGCUCUCGUACUCUCGACGGACCACCUACGUCGCGCCAUCUUCACAGCUCCGCGUGGCUCCUCGGGGGGACCGUCCAGCACUCGCCCGCACUACCUGUCGAGGACUGUCCCUCCCUCGCCCGUAGUGCUCUCCAGCUUCGCACGCUGGGACGCACGCCUGGGAGAGACUUUUCAGCAGCUUUUAGCGUCAGGGACCUGGGCAUGCCGCGAGGUCGUCAGAGAUGCCGCCAGCGACCAGAUCUUCCUCCCCAUCCGCAUUGGGGGUUUCGGCAUUCGUCGCAUGGAGCGCAUUGCCCCGAGCUUUACUUCCGGUGAGACGGAGCAGAUCGACCCCUCCCUACGGACGACGCUGGAGGGCCUUCCACCUGACAUCCUCUCUCUCCUCCCACUCUGGCCCUCUUGUGCCUCUGCCUCCCCCGAUUCCCUUUUUGCAGGAGCGAGCCGCCUUCUGGAGGCGCAUGCCUUGGAGGCCCCGGUGGUGGGAGAGGGGACACGGGCUCGGAGACCACUGGAACAGAGGGCUGAGGCGGGACAGCCGGGCGGCGGGGCACAGUGGGGACAGCAUCAGCUGCGGGGUCGGGUGGCGCGAGGGGCAGGCGGACAGAGGCAACGGCAGGGGGUGCAGACCAGCCAGAGCGGAGAGGGGGGACAACAAAGGCAGCAGCAGGAGAGCCAGCACAGGUCGCAGGCUCAGGGUGCCGCGCCUCAGGGUGUGGGCUCGGGGAUGAGGCAGGGGCGAGAGCAGCAGAGAGCGGACGGGGGUACAGGGGGGGCGGGGAGAUUGGGAGGGCAGCAGCCAGCGCAGCAGCAGGGACCAGCCGGACGCACAGGCCGUGCAGGCACCUCCUCCCGCAUCCCAGACCUCACCUGCCGCGACGUUGGGCAGACUUUGAUGGUUCUUGUGGAUGUCUCCUUAGCGGAUCCACAGCGGGAGGGGAACGUGCAGCUGGGACGGGCGACCCCCACACAGAUUGGAGUGGUAGCAGCUAGACGGGUGCAGGAGAAGCUGCGUCACUGGGGGCCGCACUUUGAGGGGUUGCAGCCGGCACCACACUUUUACGCGUGCGUGGCUGAGACCUUUGGCCUACCGAGCGAGCCGUUGCGUCAGUUCCUGGGGCUCUGCGCGAAGAGGAUAGCACAGCGGAUGAGGGAUUGGGGAGGGGGGGAUGACGGAUCGGCACGGAUAUUUGAGACAGGACUCACUACACGUCUCUCCGUGGCACUGCAGUGCGCGCAGGCUCAAUGCAUCUUACAGCAUGCAUCACACCCCCUGCCCCCUCAUGCCAUCUGCUCCCCCCGCCCCUACCCUCCGCGUGCCCGCUCCCUCGUCGUCUCUUUUGACCCUCCCUGCCCCCCUCGCCGUUACCCACCGCUCGCCAUUCGCUCCUCCCCGCCCGUGCCCUCCCCUCGUUUACCUUCUCCUCCCCCCUCCCCUCCUCUGCUGCAUGCCUCUUCCUUCCCCUCGCUAACCCACUCCACUCCCUGCCCCUCCUCAAUCCGCACCCUGCCCCUCGUUUCUCGCCCCCCUAUGCUUGCUUCUCCCCUCCCUGCCUCUCCCUCCUCCCCACCCCCCACGCCCGGUUUCUCCCCUCACUGCAACUCCCUUUCUUUCUCCGUGCCUCUCCUUUGCUCCCUCCCUGCCCCCGCCUGCCCAUGCCCCUGUCUUUGGUUUCUCCCCUCCCUGCCCCACGUUUCUUCCCUCCCUGAGAUCACCUUGUACCCCCUCUGCCCCUCCCUUGUUUUCCCCGCACCCAUUGCUUCUCCCCUCCCUGCCCUUGAUUUCCCGCACCCCUGCCCUUGUUUCCUACCAUCCAUGCCCCUCGUUUCCCCUCUUUGUACGUUCACCCUCUUCCCUCCCUGCCCCUCCCUUCCUCCCCCCCUGCCCUUUGCUUUCCCCUCCCCCUGCCCGUUGCUGCCCUAUCCCGUUGCUGCCCCUCCCCUUGCCCCCUCGACUCCCCUGCCCCCCGUACACCCCACUCCCGUCCAACCGCCCCCACCCUCCCCCGGCUGCCCGUUUCCGCUCUCCACCCCCGCGAUCGUGACUUCCCGGGAGGUCACCCAGCCCAAUACUGCUCUCGCCCACCUGGAGGCGCAUGUCUUGGAGGCCGUGCGUGCCCGUCACACCUCUCCCUUGCACCUUGCCCGUUGGACUUCCCUUCAGGGCGUAGAUGCAGGAGCGUGGCUGCAGGCGGUGCCAUACGCAGACGCCCUGCGCAUUCCGGAGGCGCAGUGGCAGGUGGCUUCAUCAUGUCGUCUUGGUCUCCCUGUCCCCCAGUUAGCCCUCACAGCUGCUGUGAAGGGAGUGGCAGGCGUGGCGGGAGUGGCGGGAAUGGCGGGCGUGGCGGGAGUAGCGGGAAUGGCGGGCGUGGAGGAAGUGGCGGGAGAAGCUGCUGCUGCACCACUUCAUGCUACAGAUCGUCCACGACCCGCAAGCCCGCCAGUAAACGAACCAGCAGACCCGCAGACCCACUAG